UCCGUGAUCUGAUCUGGGUGCGACGGUUACCGAGCUUGUCAGUGUAAUCGUCGACGCAUUUGCUCAAUGCUCGUGAGGUGGAACCAGCGUUGGGGCCCUGGCACGCUGGAUUGUCGGCUCCGCAACCGACCCCGCAAACCGAAUUUUGCGGAGGCGAGCGCGCUCGGUGUCGAUCUCUCCACCAUCGUCGACGACGUCCGUCAAAAUUCCAAAGAGUUGAAGCCGCCUGUAACCUCCACGUCAAGUCCGGCUGGGCAGGCACGCCGUCAUGGCCACUCCGGCGUUAGCGCACCAAGACCGCGGCGAUGGGAGGCUCUUUACAAAUCAAAUGGUUAUCUCAUGCCAAUGUUGAUGGCGGGGACGAGGACAAUGGCUCUCGCUAGCCUCGGUUCUUCUCACAAAGAAAGCGAUGUCGCCGCCGCGAUGCGAUGGCGUCCGGAGAAAGAAACCGGCAUGCUUCACGCAGGGUUCAGCAGCGGUUCCUGCGCACGACGAGACAGCGGUCGUUGUGAAGAAGAUUUAGGCUGUUGUGGUUGCACGGGCUUUGUGGCACCGCAGCGGCUAGCUGGUGGAAGGGUGAGCUGCAACGUAAGCCGUAUUGCUAGUCGUGUCAGUCUUGGCAGGCGCCCGCUCGUACGAGCUGAAGCGGGAGGAUUUGCUAUUGAAAUUGCGACGGGAAAGUGCGAGUGGCAACGCUGUGGAGAUUCCGUGGAAGAGAGGCGAUGGCGGCGAAGAGCACAAAGGCAAAGGGCUGGUGACCGGAGCACGGGGUGGCCGCAUCGGGGCGAAAAGGGUGCGCCCGUCAGCAAGCUUUCCCAAGCUUCAACGAAUAGUUCUGGAAGGUGUGAGAGUGCGGCGUAGAGGGUGAAGGGUUGCAGCGAAACAACUCGAGUCGAGCCGGAGCCGGGACCGGGGGUCUGGGGAGGAACGGGGUAGGUAACACACAGACUUUCCCCAGCAAAAUCUUCUCCGCAAGUCCGCGCUC